GUGAGUAGGCUCAAUGUAUGUCCGUGGCUCGUCGAAGGAACAUGUACGUUUCCUGUUCGGCUGUUGGUGUGAAAAUCUAUGCUACUGCCAAGUGCCAAACAAUAUAUUAUUCCGCUUUACAAUUCCGGUUUCGAUAAGCGUGCCUUCGAUUUAUCAUAAACAGUGGCUGUGUUUGUAUACUGUGACAUUAUAGUGUAUCAACGAUCCAUUCGGAAUUGUUAACGUACCACUGCUAACCGUUAUUGUUAGAAACCAUCAAACAAUACACAAUGAUGCAUGUCAGUUUAUUGAAAUCAAGACCUGGGCUACUUUCGAGAAUGGUCCCUGUACGAGCAAUAGACAUUUUAUUUGUCGUCAUCUUGUUUAACCCUCGGGUUCAAAGUUUCGCAUCCAACUACUGGGAAGGAGGAUGCGCUAACGAUUGUGACAAAAGUAUAGCAAGGUUCUGCCAAGAAGAGACGAGGGUGUGUAUGGAGUGUAAAGAAUUUUGUGAUUUAUAUCCAGAUCGAUGUAGUAGUGUGUGCCAAGCUUAUUUGACAAUUCCUGAGGUACACAGUCAAUGGGAAGGUUGUGCAGAGUUAUGUCAGUAUGACAUCAACUACUUCUGCGAAUUGUCUACGGAAACUUGCAUGCGGUGUGAUGGUCUUUGCGGCAUUUCAACAAGACGAGAUCAGUGCUAUGAAAAUUGUGCUGGUUACAUGAAAAUGGUUCUUACGACACCUACAACCCAUUUUUCACCUAAGUCAACAUAUCGAACUCCGAGUCUAGUUCUACCUGGAACUACACCAACUUCUCUGCCACCAUCACAAAUUACAGAUUCACCACAAUUUAUCCUACCUGAUGAUGCAAGUGUUAUGAGCCUACCGAUAAUAGUAACGGUCGCGAUAUGCGUUGGUCUCGUCGUCAUUGUCGUGGGUGCUGUAAAUGUUCAUAGGAGAAGGAGUGACAGAAACGGAGGGCAACAACAAAAUCACGAACAACGUGAGCUCGUCGUCGUAAUACCUAUAAAUGGAGGUGGAGGUCAAGAUGAUGCUAACGAGACCCUUCGCUAUCCUGUGGAGGAAGAGGAUGAAGAAAGCAAAGAACUUCAAGAAGUAGGGGGACCCAUUCGAUCAAACUUUCCCUUGAUGAGAGAUGGAUAAUUGGAUCUGAUUCGAUAGACGGGUUUCCCGUACAGUGCAUAUAAUAGCUGUUCCAUGCAGUAGCAAUCUUCAGGAGUCAGUGGAUAGGAAGAAAAUGGAGGUAUAUAUGAGGUUUAGUAGGUGUAUAUGCUAAAUGUGUUACGUAUUCUUGAGUAGGAAUUUGUUUCUGUGUCUGCAUUUUGAAAGCAGCUCUGUUCUUUUGUUUAAAGUUGAUGGUUUGUUUGAAUAACUUAUGUGAAAUCUCUCUGUAAGUUACUAAUCAGAGUUGUAAAAAUGACUACCGGUACUUAAUGUAACAUGCUCCUAGUCAAUGACUAUGUUAGCUUUUUUUUAUGUCGAAUUUAUAAUAGUAUAGGUCAACUUGACGUUAAAGGCAGUUGAACAUAUCUCCUAUUAACCUUCAAAAAGCUGAUAAAAAUCCCAGUAAACACCAGGCGUUGUUUAUUUCAAUUUAUUUUUAACAAGACCCAACCCCCAAAAGGAGAAGGUAUAAAGGACAUAUGCAUAAUUAACAAAGUGCUCUCCCUUAUUCAGUAUUGUUUUAUGUUAUCAAAAAUUAUCAAAAAAAAACCAUGUUGAUUACAAUCUAUGCAUUUUAAUUUGAUAUUCAUGUCUUUAUUAGUAAAACUCGUCCAAUAGAUUACACGUUGUUUUGUUAUUUAUAGCAUUUUCGGACGUUGUAAACUGUUGGGUUAGGUUAUAAGGAAGUGACGUUAACAGAACGUCACAGCAACGUUAUUUAGUCAAGAAUUACGUUAUAGCUUAUUAAUUAUCUAUUUUAAUGAUUUUAUUGUGCGUAUUUAUUGUUCUUGUCAUUUGCCUUAAUUAAUCGGGUUUUUCUUGUGUGUUUAUGUUUAUAUUUAUAAAUUGAUGUUUUUAAUUUCUUUUUAUGUGAAUCACCUGCAUCACUGAAUGUGCGUUCACAUUAAACAAAUAAAUGACGUUCAAUAAUGACGAAAACACUGUUAAAUUGACCAUGUUACGACCUGUAUCAUGUAAACCUAUGAUAAUCCGAGUUGUUUUUAUAGGCUUAUACUAAAUAUAUAUAUAUAUAAAUAUAUAUUCCAACAAUACAUAAUUAUAUAAAAUUUGUUUGAUUAAAUGUGUCUGACAUAAACAUAUCAAACAAAGUACAUUAAUUCACUCGUUUUUUACUGGGCAGGAUUAACAUGAUCAGACCGACAAAAGUUUCGUCAUGAUAAAUAUUAACUAAAGUGCAAGGCCUAUUAUCACAACUAGUGAACCCUUCUUACAAAUCUUGAUUAAUUCUUGUUCAUUAUUGCUGUUAUUGUUAUGGAUUAGUAGUAGAAAUUUGAAUUAUCAAUAUUGUUUUAUUUUGCUGUAUAUAGGCCUAUGUCUUUUUACCUUGCUCAAUUCGUAUUGUAACUAAUGAUCUUCAUGAGAGAUAUAGUCUACCUUGAUUUAGCUUUGAAGCAUUGGACUUACAGAGAGACACUGACUUACAGUAUUUUUAUUUUAACCGCAGAGGCUUAAUUUUUUAAGGGCCUAUAUCAUGUGAAUAUAUUGGAUGCAUUCAUAAUUAAUUAUUGUUUACUUGAUUCAUUCGUCUUCAUGGGGCCUACUUUUCAUAAAUAACAGUGUAAUAGAAAAGUUAUAGUCGUAGGACUUAAAAUUAUGUGUAUAUUUUUGGUGGAUCAUUAGGCAGACCCAUAUAUAAUUAGCGUGUCAAGAAUGUUUUUGAAUACAGUAAUCACCUUAAUAUUAAGCAUACCCCCCGGGCAUACCCUGGUUUAUCUUGAGACAUUUUAGAAGUUGUAGGGUGUGUAAGAGAGAGAGAGAGAGAGGGAGAGGGAGGGGGAGAGAGAGAUGAGUGGGGAAGUGGGGAAUGAGCACGCCAGUGUGAUACCCAUCUUCCCUCUUGUCAUUGACACGAUCUCUGUCACUGAAUAGACCUUGACGUAUGAUUUUCACUACAGAGGCUCACAUUGUUUAGAUUAGGCCUAAUGAACUAUCUAUUGAUUUGUCAAUGUAUUGACUGAAUUCGUAUUCAUUAUCAAUAAAAUGUUCGUUUUUCUAAAAAAAUGAAA